CAAAAGCAGUAUGUGAUGAUAAAAUGUAGAUGGAGAACUCGGCUACGGGGACUCCAUUCUGCUGCUGACCAGGCCGAAAAGAAGGCGAAUCCCAUGAAGGAGCUGCGAAUCCGCAAAUUGUGCCUAAACAUCUGUGUGGGCGAGAGCGGAGAUCGACUGACCAGAGCCGCUAAGGUGCUGGAGCAGCUCACCGGACAGACACCCGUCUUCUCCAAGGCACGCUACACUGUGCGAUCCUUCGGUAUCCGUAGAAAUGAAAAGAUUGCGGUCCACUGCACCGUCCGUGGUGCUAAAGCUGAGGAGAUCCUGGAGAAGGGACUCAAGGUGCGUGAGUACGAAUUGAGGAAAAACAACUUCUCUGACACCGGCAACUUCGGCUUCGGCAUCCAGGAGCACAUUGAUCUGGGUAUCAAGUACGACCCCAGCAUUGGAAUCUACGGCUUGGACUUCUACGUGGUUAUGGGCCGGCCAGGCUUCAGCAUUGCCGAUAAGAAGCGCAAGAAGGGACGCAUCGGAUACAAGCACCGCAUUCGCAAGGAGGAAUCCAUGCGCUGGUUCCAGCAAAAGUAUGAUGGCAUCAUCCUCCCUGGAAAGUAGUGGACCAUGGUUUUUGAUCUUGUUUAUAUCAAACAAAUAAAAAAAAAAGAAAAUCCA